UAAACGUGCGCGCGACCCUUCAACCGUUGCAGCUGCACGGCACGCCGCAGCUCGGCUUGAGGCGAAAGGUAGGAAGGAAGGAGGAGACCGGGGAGGGGAGGGAAAUGGCGAACUGCCACCGGCGACGACGGUGCGCCUGUUGAGGAGCUCCACGCGGACACACGCUCGCGUCCGGCUAGCCAUCAUGGACGACUCGGAGCCCGCAGAGGACGGCCUGCUCGCGGGUUUGCGCUGGAACCGGAGCGCGCGGGACCAAGCUCAGCUCAAGCACAAAAUCCGGGACCUCCCGGGACUACUAAAACACGGGCUGCACCUGCGGAAGAAAAGCCAAUCACCUGACACAAUCCCCGGACCAAGUGCUGGGCCGACGGUAAAUAAGUCAUGCUCCCAGAGUUUUCCCUGCGCUGGCCGUGCUGUGAGAAAUGGUUUCCUUUCCCAUGGACCAUACCCAGCUAAAGACAAGAUACACUUGGCCAGAAUCAUACGGCGCAGUUAUGUGGGCGUGGAGCUGGUGCAGUGGCUGUGUGAGCAAUGUGUGUACGUGCGUUGUCGGACCACCGCUGUGCGCGUCUGGCAGGUGCUGCUGGAGCUGGGCGUCCUCCUGUCCGUGGACCAGCGAGUCGUCUUCUCGGACUCCAACACUUACUACCAGUUCAGUUUUGAGGAGUGCGACUCGAGCUCCUGUGAGUUUCGUGCCAAUGAAGGGGAUUGGCCGGAGGCUGUUAGGCUCCUCCUACAACUUGCGCCCUACGUUCAGUUUCGCUCCGGAGACGGACCCAGCAGCCCGUCAGAAGAGGACUCUGAGGGAAACCGGGAUGUCUGCAGUGAGAUCCUCCAGAUGAGAGCCCUCGAAAGGCUCACUUCUACAGUUCAAAAUGAGUUGGCUGCUGCUCUUGCCCGAAAGACACGCAAAGCUUUAUCAGAGCAGGACUCUGACAUGCCGGAGACGAGCCAGCAGGACGUCCACUCACCGAGCGCGGAGUCCAGCCCGUUGGGCGGCGUGUGUGCUCUGCGAGGCGGCGGCGGCGGCAGCAACGGCGGCGGCUCCGUGUGCGGCCGUGAGGAGCUGACCAGCCGACUGGGCUUGGAAGCCGUUCAGCGUCUGGCCAAGGAUGGCUGCCGGCUUCUGCAGAACCACAACUACCGGUUACCUGACAGGAACCAAACGGAGGUGUUCGGCCGAGUUUGUCUGAAGGAGCGAGGACGGGACGUUUUGGUGCUGCAAAGGGUGACAUCGUCACUGACGUCGCCAUCGGAACGGCCCUCGCCUACGUCAUCGGGGGGCGGGUCCAGAGAAGAAGACAAAAGAUAUGUGGUGGUGUCCGGAACGCCGCUGAAAAUCUUGGAGCAUCUGCUCAGUGACCUGCGAUUAGAUGACCAAAGAGGGACCCCUGAGAGCACCGAGAGCGAAAUGCUGUUGGAUGACUUCCUGUUAACCUACCUGGUCUUCAUGUCCACCUCUGACCUCUGUCAGGCUCUCCUGGGACACUAUAGCAGUGCACGCAGCAGGGGCCAGGAGGAGUGCAAGGAUACCCUCUUCAGGAAGCGCAAGGUUCUGCAGUUGGUGUCACACUGGAGCCGACUCUACAAGGACUUCCUCAAGGAGGAGGAGCAUGUUCGGGGUUUCAUGAAGACUCUUUACAGGUGUGUCCUAGAAGAUCUGUACGAGUUCCCGACGCUUGAGAAAGACCUCAAAGAGUUCCAGAAGCUUCUGCGUCGUAGACACACAGUGGAUGACUGUCCACCAAACCAAAAGAGCAAACAAAUGCACCAGCAGUUGAGUUUGAAGGAAAACUGUUUGCAACUUCGCAGUUCACAAUGUGAGAUAAGAGAAGUUAUUUGCUGCGUUUACGUAAGCACCGAUUCCUACCUGAGCGUCCACACGCAUCCCUCGCUGGAGGCCCACGAGCUGCUAAGAAUCGUGAGACUGAAGAUGGACAGGUCAGAAGAGGACAUGGUGCUUGCUGUGGUCUCCCACACUGGAGAGCGCAGGAUGUUACAGCCCAGCGACUGUGUGUAUUCAGAGUCUCUGACCCCGCAGGGAAAGCUUGUCGUCUGUCGCAGAGAUCUGGCUGAGAUCUUGCCUUCUUUAACGGACAGCGCCGAGCUCAGUCGGAGGCCUGUGCGCCUUUUGGGGAUCAACACGUGGGACGUGGCCGCGGCUCUCACACACCUGGACUGGACCCUCUUCAAGUCCAUCCACGAGCAAGAGCUGGUCUACUACACCCUGAGGCGCGUUCCCGGCGGGGGCCACACCGCCGCGCUCUCCGUCUUGCUGCAGCGCUGCAACGAGGUCCAGCAGUGGGUCAUGUCUGAGGUCCUCAUGUGCACGUCGCUCAACAAGAGAGUGCAGCUGCUCAAAAAGUUCAUUAAGAUCGCUGCUCAUUGCAAAGCUCAGAGGAAUUUGAACUCCGCUUUCGCCAUCAUCAUGGGCCUCAAUACGGCGGCCGUGAGUCGACUCAACCAAACCUGGGAGAAAUGUCCCGGGAAGUUCAAGAAGCUUUUUGCGGAGUUGGAGCUGAUCACAGAUCCGUCUCUUAACCACAAAGCCUACAGAGAAGCUUUUAAGAGAAUGAAACCUCCAAAGAUCCCUUUUAUGCCCCUACUCUUGAAAGAUAUCACCUUUAUCCACGAGGGCAAUAAGACCUUCCAUGACAACCUGGUGAACUUUGAGAAGUUGCAUAUGAUCGCAGACACCGUUCGAAUGAUUCGACACUGCCAAAGCGAGCAAACAGGCAAUGAGGUGAUCGGCGUGGACAGCGCAGAGUUGAGGGCGAGCGUUCACUACCUGCACAUCAUUGACAAUCAGCAGACGCUCUUUGAGCUGUCCCACAAACUAGAACCGCGGGCUUAGUCCCCCCUUCACGGACACAGAGAAGUAGCACGGCACUGUUGCGAUAAGGCAAGCACUGAUAUGUGUGUGUGACAUUCAAGGACGCUGAACAAGCAAACGUCACACACUCACACAUGCACAGUAACUAACCACCAGUAGAGGUGCCAAGUUGACCCACGAGAGAAGGAUGUAAUUACGCUGUACAGUAUCUAUUGGACUAAAUAUGACAUUUAUUUGUGAUGAGCAUUUGGUUAUUUAUGAGCCUGUCAACCAGGUGGAAUGUUCUUUUUGUUUGUGCUGUUGCAUCAGUAGGUCAACGGCGACUCGAUGGCCUCGUCAUUUCAGUUACACACACACACACAAAAAAAAAAAAAUAUGCCUAUUGAAGAGUUUCAUGCGUUUGCAACCAUAAUUUGCGACAACACGAUGUCACCUUCAUAUUUUAGGGUAUCGACAAGUUUGUUCAGGAUCUUGUCACGACUGCUAGGUGUUUAUUUUUGUCGUUUCUCGUGCAAGAGACAAGUCAGUGUUGAAGCAUUCAUCAAACAUACCUCCACAUUUUGACCUUUGGCCACGUGUUAAACUGUUAACGCAGGGAGUGCCACUUUAAUAGCGUACAGGAACGCACUGACUGACUUAAACCACAAGUUCUCCUGAAUGCGCGACAACUAUUGUUUGUGCAAUUAUGGGCUUUACUUGUUUCCAUGCAUGUGUUAUGCACUUUUCUCACCGAACUAGGUUCUACGUAUGAAUAGAUAGACUUGACAACAUCAUUACCUGCACAUAUGGACCUAUACAUCAUUUCUGUCAAAUGUCACACGGAGUCCCCUGUGGCACCAAAACACUACAAAAUCUAUUUUUCUCUUAAUUAGAUCAUUGUGUCCCUUUUGAAGCAAGUAUGACUCAUCUCGCAAUUCAACGAGCUUGAUCGAGAGGCCUCUCACCUCGCCUGAUAUUGCUAUGGAAACAACCUUAUCAAAUAACGUCGAGGUGCAGAUUGCUCCGUCAAAUAGGUUUACUCGGUUCAGAUUGACCCACAUAGGAUCACUGUUGCAAUUUCAGAGGGACCUGUUUUUGUUGUUCAUCAGCGCAACAUUUUAGAAAGUAGAUGCCUGAUAAGCAAUACGUUCAAUAAUUGUAUCAAAUGUUUUACUGCCUCUGCUAACAAUGCUUGUUCCAACUCCACUGUCAAACUGGUUUAAAAAGAUGUUUAUCGCACAUCCAAUGUGGUUUUCUUCUUGUGUUGCCAAACUAGGUUACCAAAAUAUUUAAAACAGCAACGCUUGAAUAAAUACUUUGACUGUUGAUCAAAAUUGAACAAAUUAAUCCUGAUGGAGACUGAAUUUUUGAAACUGCUAUUACAGUUGGUAGAAAGUCUACACAUGCCUAUUCAAAUGUUAAGUGCGCUUUAUUUUUGACAAUUGAGAUAAUGUAUUUGCGCAAGUGUGCACACCCUCUUAUGUGGCUCGCUUGAGUAUUAACCAAUUACAAUUAAACCCAUGUUAAAUGAGUCGGCACGCAGCCAACACCAUUUAACAUGAGUUUGAUUGUGAAAUAUUUAUGUUUAUUAAUUAUAAAACUUUGAAGAGGGGGGUGUAGACUUUUUAUGCUGUGCAUUGGACCUCACUAGAUUGUAUUAAUGUUCCUGAAAUGUGUCUGAUUGAAAACAUAAAGCAUGUAUUAUCAUCAAUAUGUAAAGAUAAUGUUUUGUAUGCGUUUUGGAUAUUUGUAUUUUCAUAGCAAGUCAAAUGGAUGUCAAAGAAAUUUUAAUGCCAAAAACAAUUAGAAGACACUUUCCAAAGUUGGAAAAGAACCUGGAACAAGUUGUUAGAUCUUCUCAAGGAUACACUCAAAGGGUCGUGUUGCAAAUAGAAUUUUUGUUUACAUUCAACUGUAGAUAAAACCAUCCAGCAUUAUUUGGGAAACAAUGACUUGAGAAGAUACCUUUAGCAUUCUUUGCUGUUGUGUUUUGCUGACUGUAAACCUAGAAAGAGCUUGCGGAGGUAGUUGAUGUAAUUCUUUACAAACACACACACUCCACGUGAUGUGUUAAAAUGCAGUUACAUUGUGGUAUUAGUUAUUCCCUAAUACCCUGUUUAUUUAUGGAUUGCUAGUGUGGACAACUGUUAUGCUCAAGAGUUCCGUUCUGAAGGUCCAUAUACUAGUUUAGCCCUCCAACUUUGGCAUACUAGUAGGAGAUUACGAGUUAGGCAAUUGACAGUUGCACACUCUUUAUAGUUGUGAAGUGUCCGUUCAUUAUAUUCUGUCAGUAAUAGUCACCUAGUUUUGUCUCACUCGUAACACGUUCUACUUUUAUGUCAAAUUUGUUCGACUAGUGAUGACGAUUAUUAUGGACCUGGCAUUAUUCUGAGAGGCGCUGAAACAUUUUAUUGUCGCCACCCGAGGACGCCAGAGGAGCUACACUAGAGAUGAUGGUCCUCUCCUGGAGGCAUUCAAUUCUGUCUCCUCAGUGUGACAAUUCGUUUCCCUUAAAGCACCAUUGUUAGAAACCUGUUUGCAUGAUCCAAAAGAAUAAACACAAUCCAAGGGAGGGCAUGUUGAAGGCUUUGUACUUAUGUAAUAUGUGUAAAUUUAUGCCUAUGUACUUUUUAUUUAUUUGUUUCAAAUGGUCAGGCAAAAAAGAAAAGUGAACCACAAAGCAAUACAUUCAUGUACACCUGAUGUUCUGAAGUGAAGCCACAUGUCUUUUCUAUAGAGGUGUUUUACUAUGUGGACAUUUUAACUGAAAUUAAUAAAUUAUAGGUUUUAUGUGAAA